GGGUUGUUGAAGAGGAAACUUGUAACGUAGUUUGAUAAUAGUGUGAAAAAACAGCACACGAACCUUUUCUAUGGAGAACUUCAUCCUCUAUGAGGAGCUCGGGGCAGGACGCAACUCUGUUGUCUAUAAGGGACGAAAGAAGGGAAGUCUCAACUAUGUGGCCAUCGUCUGCACAGACAAAGCCAAGAGGACUGAGAUCACUAACCAUGUACGACUCAGCCGUGAUCUAGAUCAUCCCAAUAUAGUAUCCUUCUAUGAGUGGUAUGAGACAAGUAGCCACCUCUGGUUGGUAGUGGAGCUCUGUACAGGUGGUUCCCUCGAGUCUGUAAUUGUUCACGAUGGAAGUCUGUCCGAAGAUGUGGUGAGAAGGUUUGGAUGGGACUUGGUUAAAGGACUAAAAUACAUCCAUGAAUUAGGAAUCAUUUUGUCUGACCUGACCCCUGCUAAGGUUCUACUAGAUGGCAGUGGCAUUCUGAAGUUUGGGAACUUCUGUCUGUCCAAGGCAGAUGGAGAGACAUUGGAGGAAUUUUUUGCCUUGCUUUCUACGUCUGUAGAGACAGGGGGAGAAGACAGUGAAGAGAACUUUGACGACCUGAGGAAGCAAUUACAAG